AUGGUUCUCGAGGCACUGGCUGCCUUGAGUCUUGCCACAUCUGUUGUACAGUUCGUUGACUUCACCUCAAAGUUGCUAUCCAAGGGCAACAAGUACUAUGAAAGUCCGGACGGGGUCCUGACGGAGAAUGCAGAGCUACAAGGGAAUGUGGAACACUUCAAACGCCUCAACAUAGACUUGAAUAACUCCCUCGCGUCGGUGGCGGCUCCCCAUGCGCUAGAUUCAGCAGAGCGUGCUCUUUGGACUGUGACGAAAGAAUGUGAAAAGAUUGCAAAGGAGUUCUGCUCCACCCUCGACAAGCUCAAGCUUGUUGGUAGCCGCACGAGGUGGAGAAGCUUUCGUCAGGCACUGAAGACGCUCUGCAGCAAAGAACGGAUUCAAAACAUGCUACAGCGGCUUCGAUCGGCACGUGAAAACCUCAUUGUACACCUAUUGGUUGUGAUCAACUUUGACAAGGAACUCGUAAUACAGAGUAAUAGGGGCUUGGAAAGUAAGAUACUCGCCGCGGUACAACACUCUUCAGGACAACUACGGCAAGACGUUGCGGACUUGUCUAAAAGCAUCCUAAAAGAGCAGCAUGAUAAGCGCAAAGAGACCGUUGACUCCUGGAUUGAUGAUCACAGACACCAAUUCGGAGAGGUUUCCCAGACAGUUUCGACCGUUGUUUGGCAUGAAAGAGAGGAAUGGACUGGGAACUCCAUUCUGCGUAGCCUUUACUUCCCUCGGAUAAAAGAACGCUACAAGAGAGUAGCUGUUGCUCACGCAAAGACUUUUGAUUGGAUCUUUGAACCUCCUUCAGACGCUUUGGUUCCAUGGGCAGAUUUCAAACUUUGGCUUAGAGAUCUGGCGUACCAAGGGAGUCUAUACUGGGUAACUGGGAAACCAGGCUCCGGCAAGUCAACUCUCAUGAAAUAUUUGUACAAUGAUCCACGAACAAGAGACAGUCUUCGAUGGUGGACUAACCCCUUCGAACCAAUUAUAGCUAGCUCAUUCUUCUGGAACCCUGGAACGCCAAUACAAAGGUCAUUGCACGGCCUGCUGCAGUCUCUGCUUCAUGAGAUCCUCUCCCAGCGUGUAGAUCUAAUCAAGGUGGCAGUACCGUGGCGGUGGCAAGCGUAUGAAACAACUUUGGAAAGCGUCAGCGAAUGGACUGACCUCGAGCUUCUCGACGCGUUGAGUAGACUGGUGGAACCCUCGAUAAAUACAGCUCGCUUCUUUUUCUUAAUUGACGGACUCGACGAAUUUGAGGGGAACGAUAUCGCUCGGUCAGAAAUUGUCGAGCUCUUUACCAAUUUGAGUAAAUAUGAGCAUGUCAAAGUCUGUGUUUCAAGCCGUCCGUGGCCGAUCUUCGAAGACGCAUUUGAGGGUCAGCCGUCACUGCUUCUACAGCAUCUGACACAUAAUGAUAUUGUGUCCUAUGUCAAAGCAAAAUUUGAAGAGAACAAGAAAUUCAAGCGAUUGAUGAGCAAAGAUGCAGUCGGGUGCACACGGCUUGAAAUGGCUGUUGUGCAAAAAUCCGCUGGGGUGUUCCUCCGGGUCUAUCUUGUGGUACAAUCCCUCUUGGAAGGUUUUAGAAAUGACGACGAUGCCAUUGAUUUGAAGCGAAGACUGGACGAGCUGCCAUCCGACCUUGAAGAAUAUUUCGCUCAAAUUAUAGGUACCCUAGAGCCUUUUUACAUCCGGCAAGCUGCUCGACUUUUACAAGUAGCCUUGAAUGCGGAAUCCCUUUCCCUCAUGGCAUACUCUUUUAUGAUGGAGAAAGAUCCAGAAUUCGCAGUGAAAGCUAACAUUACAAUUUUCGCCCCCGAAGAUAUUGAUGAUCGAAGUACGUCAGCCACGCGGCGCUUGAAAAGCCGCUGCAAAGAAUUACUCGAGGCCCAUCAGGUCUCAAACCUGGAUGAUUACUUUUUCGAGAUCGAGAUUGGCUUUUUACAUCGAACUGUUAAAGACUUCCUCCAGACAAAUUUGGUACGCACGAUGCUGGAACCCCAUCUCGAUGAUUCCUUCGAUGUCAACAUGAAUGAUAAAGGUCUUAAGAUUGUGAUGGAUAAGCUCGACGAAGUUCUCAUUUUCCGUUUCAACGAAACAAAAAGUUCAGCCCAACCCAUGGAUUGUCGCUUUGACAAGGAGAACCAUUGGACGAAUUACCAGCUGCUCGAAGUCGAUAAACCCGAUUUGCUCUGUGGAAGAUCCUUCCUCAGUUUCGCAAUAGCAGCGGGCCUCCACCGCUACGCCCAAGAAACGCUUAUGAUUGAUACGAGUCUUGUGAAGCUCAAGCAAGGCCGGCCGCUUCUAGACUGUGCCUUGCGCCCUAUGUCAGGCGAAGACCGUCGCAUAUCUGCCCGUAUAAGCGUGGCACAGUCCGAGCCGAUUGUCGAUACCAUUGAUCUCAUGAUUGUCCAGGGGGCAAACCCAAAUGAAGCAUAUUUUUUUCAGUAUAGGACAAGUGAGUCACAAGGUACUGGGUAUAGUGAAGAUACAAUAUGGAGCCUUUUUGUGGCUCAUGUGCGCACAAGUCUUGCAUCUGAGGAUGCAGCCAAAAUCCCCAGUUCGUGGUCUAAGGCUACAGAGUUAUUGAUCAAUGCUGGUGCCUGCAGAUAUUUGGUUCCCCUGAGCGCCAAAGGAUUCAUCAAAAGAGCCAGGAAAAGCAUGAUGACACGACUUAAUAUCUGGCCAAGAAUUGGCGGCGUAGCAUCUGAUAGUGACACUGAUACUUCGAGCAUCGAAAGCGAUGCGACGAGUACAGAUUAUGACAUAGCAAGCGAGGGUAGUGAUACCCAACAAGCAGUCGAGUCUUCCGAGUGCUUGGGAACGGACACCUUGGCGAUGCUGAGCUCCGUCUUUGGUCAGGAGGAUAUUCGCAAGUUUGAGAAAGCUUUUGCAAGUAGGGCAACACCUGGAGGCUGA